AAGGGUUGUCCAAGGAGACUUGGAUGGUUGAAAUUGUAAAUGAACUCUCAACUAGAUGUCCCACUGUUGCUGAAAUCCUAUCAAGCUUGCUAAAUUGCUCCAUGUUGAACCUUGGAAAAAAGCUAUCCCUUAUUUGCUUGGUUUAUGGUAUUAUCAUGUUUAUGAGAUGUCAUGAACUGAGCAGAGUACAAAGGAUUAAUACUGUUCUCCUGACUGAAGGAAAAGCAUCAAGUAAUUUGUUUGAGCAACUUAACAAGUAUGGUUUCUGUCUAAGCAUUUCUAAAAAGUAUGUAGUCCUCGAUGACAUUGGGAAGCACUUUUUGGAUCAUGCUGUAGAAUUGCUAAAGUCUGGAAGGAAGUUUGUCUUUGUUGUUGACAACAUAGAUUGGGAGGAGAAGGUGCAUGAUAUGCGAGAGGUUCAUCAAAAUAAGAGUGUGCAUGCAGUUGCAACCAGCAUGGUGUUCACCAGAGUUUCAAGCGACCACCUUCCUGAUGACGGCCCUCAGAAAGAUAUAAGGACUUGCGACUUUCGUGAACUUGUUAGAAUAAAGGAGGAAGAAUUGAGGACGAUUCAAAAUCGAUACAGGAUACUAAUAGCAAGAACCCUAAUCACAAAGUUUCAAGAGUUUUCAAGCCUUAAAUCUUGUCUGUCUGAGGAACUUCUCCUUCAUCAUGAGAAUUCUGCAACAGCAUCACGGAAAUCAGAAAUUGUCACAAUGCCAGUAUUAAUGAAGGAUGAAAAAAAAUACAGUGAUUGUGUCGAUGUGUUAGAUCAGUUGGAAGAAUGGACCCAAGAAAUAUACAAGGCAAGUGGUAUGUGCAAAGAUCCGCCUGACCAGCCUUCUGUUUCCCCACCCUUGGUGGAAGUUCCAACUCGGCCAGAUCAACCUAGAUCCCACAUCCCACCAGCAUCAUCAAACUUUGACCCACUUCAAGAAGUAAAGAUUCCUUGUUUUGGUGAUGAAUUGACAAGAGUCAGGUUCGCUGGUGCACGUGAUCUACGUUCCGGUUGUCAUACUGCAAAGCAGCGUCUUGACCAUCUGUAUCCAUAUCGUAUUGUAGGAUGGCAUACGAAGAGGAGUUUUUUAAAGUCAGUCUUUAAACGGCUCUACAAAAAUUCUGGAAGAGAAAAUGGUACGUUGCGAUACUUCCGAGAAGUGCUCAAUCGAAGAAAUGUGACAGUUGAUGUCAAGCAUUAUGAAGACUGUGAACAACUCUUCAUGAGUGUUGGUCACUGUUAUUUGGUAGAAGCUUUGCUCGAGUUCUUCAAAAUGGAAGAUGUCAACACGUCUCCUGAAGAAAAUAAUCAUUUUCUCAUUGAUGAUUUAAAUAAUGAAGAAAAGAAGACCCAAGUACUAGAAGUAUUGGACAAGUUUGUCGCACAGUACAUUUAUCCAACAUUGGAUGAAAACAGCAUGGAAUCCUCAGAUGAUGACAGCACUGAUGGUGUCUUCAACUAUGCUAUCAACAUAUUGAAGUCUUUCAUGAUUCUUCUGGAUUGCAAGAAUGCUGUGGCAUCUGGAAAUGGGGAGCAUUUAGCACUAAUCCAGAAACAGAUGUUGUAUUACUUUUCAUCUAUUUCUGGAUUCAAUGCAUAUGCUAUCGAGAUGCUUAUUGCUAUAGUGCAGAAUGAAGUCCUUCUUUCACCCAGAGAGGCACAUCAGUGCAAGUGGGCAGCAUUGGCUAAUUGGAAUGGAGGAAAUGACAAAAACAUUGAGAUUGACCUACUGCAAGAAAACCGAAAUGCUGAUCUUAAAGGUUUUAUUCGUCUGAUGGGUGCUAAUAAGACAGAAAAGGCAAUUGGAAGAAUGAGCAAGGCAGUUGGUGGAGUUCGCAAGGUUGUUGAUGCGUUUAAUGAACAGGCAGCAAUCAAACGCAAGUCAUCAGCCCAUUCCCAUAGGUCCUCUUCACAAGAUGAGGAUAAAGUUUCCAGUGAUCUACACAAAUUAAAGCCCUUCUCCCCAGUUAUUGGCCGAUCCACAAUUCAUUUGCGGGGAUUUCUUCUGACCCUUUAG